AUGCGUUUCAUCACCACUGCUGUCUCCGGCCUGGCUUUGCUGUCAAGCUCGGCCGUUGCGCACCCCGGCCACGAUCUGACCCAAGAAAUUGCCGAACGCCGCUCGUUCCUCAACAACGUCGCUCGGUCCGAUCUGAGCCACUGUGCCUCCAAGCUCAAGGCCCGCGGUAUCUCGGACCGCAACAUUGCCCGUCGUACUGCCGCCGCCAACAAGGCCCGUGCCAAGCGUGGCCUGAAGAAGAGAGACAUCACAUUCGACUCUGUCCUCGCUACGGACCACAACAAGACCAGCGCCGGCUAUUCGCAGAAUACUGAUGCCGCCACCCUGUUCGCCGACUACAACUCCUGUGUGCUCACCCCUGAGACCACCCAGGGACCUUACUACGUCUCUGGCGAGUAUGUCCGCCGAGAUAUCCGCGAGUCCCAGACCGGUGUCGAUGUUGUCGCCGACUAUCAGGUGAUCGAUGUGAACACCUGCGAGCCCAUCCCUAACGCCUACCUGGAGAUCUGGCACUGCAACGCCACUGGUGUCUACUCCGGUGUCUCCAGCACCGGCCAGGGUGGCCUUGACUCCACCUGGCUCCGUGGCAUUGCCAAGACCGACACCGACGGCGUCGCCCAGUUCGAGACCGUGUUCCCGGGUCACUACACCGGUCGUGCUACUCACAUCCACACCAUGGUUCACCUUGAUGCCACUCAGAAGUGCAACGGAACUAUCGGCAUCAACACCACCGAUUCUCACGUCGGGCAGACUUUCUUCGACCAGACUCUCAUCUCGGCUGUCGAGGCCACUGCUCCUUACACCACCAACGAGCAGGAGCUCACCUUGAACAGCGGCGAUGAUAUCCUCGAGGGUGAGGCUGACGGUGUUGAUCCCAUCAUGGAGUACACUCUUCUCGGUGACAGCGUUGAGGACGGUAUCUUUGCUUGGAUUUCCUUCGGUAUCAAUGCCACUUAUUCCGAGUACACCAGCCCCGCUGCUAUCUACUACGAGGGCGGUGGCCAGGACAACGGCGACUUCUCCAUGGGUGGUGGCCCCGAUAGCGGCAGCGGCGGCCCCAGCGGCAGUCCUAGCGGUGUUCCCAGCGGCAGCAUGAGCAUGCCUGCCCCUACCAGCUCGGCUACUGCUUAA